AUGGACCUCCGUCGCCGUUCCUCCGCUGCCACAGCCACCACCACCACCACCGCCGCCGCCAAAGCCUCCGACGCCCUCCCUCUCCCCCUUCACCUCACCAACGCCGUCUUCUUCACCCUCUUCUUCUCCCUCGCCUACUACCUCCUCAACCGCUGGCGCGACAAGAUCCGCACCUCUUCCCCUCUCCACCUCCUCACUCUCUCCGACAUCGCCGCCAUUUUCGCCCUCAUCGCCUCCUUCAUUUACCUCCUUGGAUUUUUUGGUAUCCACUUCGUUCAGUCCUUCGUCGCCCGUCCCUCCGACGAGGACCCCUCCAAUGACAAUGCUGACAUUGUCCACUCUGUCACUGAUAAGAAACAAAAGUUGUUGUUGGUUUCCUCGGUAGAUGGAGUGGAUGAUGAUAACCGCAUUGUCGACUCUGUCAUUGACGGAACUGUCGCGUCAUACUCCCUUGAAGCGCGUCUUGGGGACUGCCGUCGUGCGGCGGCUAUCCGGCGUGAAGCGCUGCAAAGGAUGACGGGACAUUCUCUUGCUGGCCUGCCGCUGGAUGGCUUCGACUAUGAGGCUAUUCUGGGGCAGUGCUGCGAAAUGCCUGUGGGGUACGUCCAGCUGCCGGUGGGCGUGGCCGGGCCGCUGCUGCUGGACGGGGUGGAGUACACGGUGCCAAUGGCCACUACGGAGGGGUGCCUGGUGGCCAGCACCAAUAGAGGGUGCAAGGCGAUCUAUGUGUCUGGUGGGGCCAGUAGUGUGGUGUUGAGGGAUGGGAUGAGCAGAGCACCUGUUGUGAGGUUUGCAACGGCGACUAGAGCUGCAGAAUUGAAGCUCUUCCUUGAAGAUCCUCUCAAUUUUGAUACCUUGGCUGUCGUUUUCAAUAGGUCAAGCAGAUUUGCCAGGCUUCAAAAUAUUAAAUGCUCUAUUGCUGGGAAGAAUGUUUAUGCUAGAUUUACCUGUAGCACAGGUGAUGCCAUGGGGAUGAAUAUGAUUUCCAAAGGGGUCCAGAAUGUCCUUGAUUUCCUACAAAAUGAUUUCCCUGACAUGGAUGUUAUCGGCAUCUCUGGAAAUUAUUGUUCGGAUAAGAAACCUGCCGCAGUAAAUUGGAUUGAGGGACGUGGGAAGUCGGUAGUUUGUGAAGCAACUAUCAAAGAGGAUGUGGUGAAGAAGGUGUUGAAGACCAAUGUGGCUGCCUUGGUUGAGCUGAACAUGCUCAAAAACCUUACUGGUUCUGCUGUUGCUGGUGCCCUAGGUGGAUACAAUGCCCAUGCUGGCAACAUUGUUUCUGCCAUUUUUAUAGCCACUGGUCAAGAUCCAGCCCAGAAUGUUGAGAGUUCCCAUUGCAUAACCAUGAUGGAAGCUGUGAAUGAUGGAAGAGACCUUCAUAUCUCAGUGACCAUGCCUUCCAUUGAGGUGGGCACAGUUGGGGGUGGAACUCAAUUAGCUUCUCAGUCUGCUUGCUUGAAUCUGCUUGGUGUGAAGGGUGCAAGCAAGGAUUCACCAGGAUCAAACUCAAGACUUUUGGCCACCAUUGUUGCAGGAUCUGUUCUGGCAGGGGAGCUGUCUCUGAUGUCUGCUAUUGCUGCAGGGCAGUUAGUCAAGAGUCACAUGAAAUACAACAGAUCAACCAAAGAUAUGUCCAAGGUGUCAUCCUGAGGAGUUUGUGGUGUUAGGACUUCCAGCCUCUUCUAAUGAUGCCAGAGUAGAUAAAGGGUUGCGAUGUGACAGUAAAUUUUAGAGGAAAA